GCAAACACUCUGGUCUCUUCUUUCGCCAACAACUUUCCAUUUUACUGCAUCGCGUCGCUCUCGAGCUUCAUCCUAUCGCUAAUAAUUCACUUCGACUACCAAUCGCUUCAACAACUUCAAAUCACUUAUACUACCCUUCUAAUAACUUUCAAAAUGUUCUCCAAGAUCCUCACCGUUGCUCUUAUGUGCGCUGGUGCUCUGGCCCAGGACAGUGCUGUCAGCUCUGUUCCUUACACCAACGAGAACACCAAAUACCUUACCCAGACAAACUCUCUCGGCGUGGUCACUGGCCAGCCGGCUGUUGUGACCAGCCAACCUGACCUCGUCACAAGCCAGCCACAAAACCCUGCUGUUGUAACCACUCAGCCGCCAGCUGCCUCUAUCCCUGCCGGUCUCUCGGACGGCCUUCACACCCUCAACUACGGCAACUCGACCUUCGUCGUGUCUGUCAACACCGAAGCCUCCAUCAGCUCCGUUGUCACACCUACCCCGUCUCCUACUGAGACCAGCGGCGAGAAUGGUGGUGACGAAGAAUCCGGCAGCCCAUCCGGUGCAUCAGGAACCGGCGCCGAACCAACAUCCUCCCAGGGUGCUGCUGCUGGCUUCAAGGCUGCUGGUGGUGCUCUUGUCGGUGCUGGUGCGCUCUUUGCUGCUCUCCUGUAAACGGGUGCAAAAAAAUACGCGUCUCAUUCCUAAAGCUCAAUUUGCAUUUCUUCAUAUCGGGCUGACGCUGCGAUGCUUUAGACCAGCAAGACUUUGAAGCUCUCAUACUUUCAUCGACUGAUGAUACGAUAUCUUCAGACGAUUCAAGUUGGCGAGAGUUGUUCCAGGGCCAUGCGAAAACAUGUAUCACGUUGGGUUUAGUGGUAAUUAAUGCUCCCCCUAUGGGAUGGAUCUAUC